AUGAGCCCCCCGCCACCAGAAAAGGGCAAGGCUCAGGAAUCGAAAGGCAGCAGCAGAAGCAAUCGCAAUGCGUCUCCCGAUGCGACAGACAUCAGUUCGGAAGGUGGGAAUGCUGGCCCGGACCUCUCCGUUUUCGACCCGGAAUUCGCGAGCGUUGAACCACAGCAUCCACAAGUUGGCCAAUCCGAGUCGGCCGCAAGUCCGAAGACAAAACUCGAAGAGCAAAAUCGAAGACCGCGCUUUGAGGAUACUGUUCCUCACUCUUCCGACAGCGAAACUAUGGCCACACGUCAAGCAUCUAAUGCCAGCACACCGAGUGAGGCAGCCGUCAAAAACGAAGAUUCUUCCAAUGAAGAGGGCUCAUCCAGUACUCACGAUGAAGACCCUGAUGGAAAUGAGGACCCUUCAGAGACUGUACAGCAAAUGAUGGUCGACAGUGUCAUGACCUCGUUCAUGGACUGGCUUGAUGUCAAGCUGAAGGUGAAAGGAGAGGAGGAGAAGGAAGAUCUGUCGAGUCUUCCUUUACUGGGGGCACCUCAACCCAUGACCGAGGGCCUGAACUCAACCCUAAGUCCUCGAUUCACAGCUCCAAUGCCAGUCCCAACGGGUUUCGCUCCAUUAAAACCCUUGACUGGUGCCUUUGGCUCCGGUCAAACUUCAGGCACGGACAAGGCGGCAGAAAGUUACACACCGGCGGAGGACGCCAUCAUCAUACAUGAGAAGCAAAGCAGCAGUGAAAGUCUGGAGCUUUCGAAGAAAGGAGAAAGAGCAGAAGACAUCGAGAGGAAAAGAACGAAGCUGGGAGAGCUCAGAGCGACCAGAGAAGGCCUAAGAAGUGACAGAGAUACCCCCAAGGAGUCUCUUGUCCAGUCCUUGGUCGGUACCUCGUCGACUACAACAUCGUACUCAGCUUCAUCCCGGGACGAGCCCAGGAGACUCCGACGUUCGUCAAGACCAGUGGAUACGCAGUCUGCACUGAGAGCCCUUUCUUUGUCGGAGGAAUCUGCUGAAGAUGAGCGGCACAGCACGAUGCCAAUGCUGGCGUCGGCUCCUCCACGACCCGCUCCCAAGGCGAAGUCUUCCUCGUUCUCAAAUUUGUUGAAGAGAAGCAAGAAGAAGAAGAGUGUAGAAGACAGUGAGGAAGAGAAGAGAGGAUCAGGUCUCGAAAAAGCGGAAGAGGAAAACGAGGACGAGGACGAGGACGAUGAGGAGGUCACGUCAGGAGCAGGGGCUGCAUCCGAAUUGGCAACUAGCCGGGGGGCUGAGGCCGUGGAGGAGCUCAUGGCAUACCCGCCGGGGGUAUUAAACCUCGACUCUGAACCCCGUGGAAGCCCGCCAUUUGUAGGGGGGUCAGCCCCCGUGCCUGCUGUUCCAACAAGGUACGAGGCAGUUGAAGAGGUUCUACCUAAGGCCAAGGCAAACGCGGCCUUAGAACGUCGGUAUAGACGCCACAGAAGCUCAAGUUCAUGGGUCCCUGGUGUCGGCUUGACGGCUGACGCCGAAGAGGAUGAGCGGAGGCGUGAGCGGCGACAUGAGCGGGAACGUGAGCAGUUACGUCAAAGGUUCGAGCCUAGAGGCUCAGCAUCGCCGCAAGGCUCGGUGAGCAGAUCUGCAGCUUCGUCGCGACCGAGUGAAUCGUCGACCCGAGAACCUUCUGUCAGAGCCGCACUGGGAGCAUCGGCAAGCUACCGGCGCUCAGCAGCGACCGACGACAGGUUACUUCUGGACGCUGCCUUAUCGGAUCAGAUAGCCAGAGACAAUGAGGUGGUGGCACGAAGAUCAGCGUCCGAUGACAGCGGCUCUCUGCCCGCGCACGAGCAUGCCGUGGCACGCACCAGACCACGCGCGGUCGGAAGCAUUCAGAGUUCCGGGAACAACAAGUUACCAGUGAAGCCGGGCCGCAAGAAGAGAUCGUUGGCAUCAAAGCGCAGCAGAUUGGAUGGCAAGGAUAACGGAAACGAAGACGAAGAAGGAAAUGACGGGGACAGAGACGGGAAUGGUCCGCCUCGCGCCAAGCUUCCCAAGGUUCAGGAAGAACAAGUCAGCGGUGCGAAGCUGGCUUGUCCGUUUUUCAAGCACAACCCGCGCAAGUACAAGAACCAGCGUCCUUGCUGUGGUCCGGGGUGGGAUCACGUUCACCGCAUCAAGGAGCACAUAUACCGCAAACACUCGCUUCCCAAAUUCUCAUGCCCGCGCUGCUCUCAACCAUUUGAGACACAAGCAGACCUCCAAGCCCAUGCUCGCUUGCUGACUCCAUGCGAAGUCAAGGAACCGGAGGUGUUGGACGGCAUCACCCAAGACCAAGAAAAGAAGCUUCGGUCACGGAAGAAGACUAGCAGUAAAGAGCUCACUGAAGCCGAAAAGUGGACACAGGUCUACAGCAUUCUCUUUCCAGACGUCAGAGAGCGAGAGAUUCCAUCCCCAUACUACAACAUAGAGGACGCCCAGACGAACCUCGGCGGAUACGAGGACUACCUCCGUCGCGAACUCCCCACCCAGGUCCGCCGACAGCUCGAAAAAGAAGUCGAGCAGCAGCUAAGCUUCGUCGAGGAAGGGAUGAAGCAAAAGGUCAUUGAGAUCGCGCGCAACCUGCAGCUCACGUUGUUCAAGAGCUACCAGCAGAUCGAGACUCAAGAGAGAGACACCGAAGGGCCGUCACCGAGCGCCGGCUACAUUUCGAAUUCUGACUUCGUCUCGUUCACCGCGACGGAUACGUCGCCGUCGACAAUGACAACUGCCGGCACGACCCCGGAGAUGCCAGACCCGUUGGAGAUUUUCGGCGGUGACCCUGCGAUCCCGGAUUUCAACUUUGACUUCUUGUCCCAGGUCCCCUCCGCAGAGUCGCAAGGGCCCCAGAAAGCCUGUGACCCGGCGUUUGGGAUUGACCGCUAUGCUACAUCGGGGCCACCCACGAUUCAACCGGGCAUGGAGAUGUUCGGAGGUCAGCAGUUCGGUAUGUCAUACUACGAUAUGGAGGAUUAUGAUGAAAGGCAGGGCACAGUCAGAGACAUGAGCGUGCUCAGCUAUGCGCCCUGA